GCGAGCGAGUAUAGUAGUAGUUUACUUCGGGAGGGAGUGAUAGUAGGGUGUAAGCGAGGUCGUGCAGCCCCCGGGAAAAAAGCCAAAGUCGGGAGGCAUGAAUCGGAAAUGAUGUAUGGCCGUUGAUGGCGCGGAAGCCAAAUGACGUCUUGAAAGGCAGGGAAGCUGCAGGCUUCAUCAUCAUUAGUUUUGGGAAGGCACGAGUCACCCGAUGGCGGGAUGGCGCGAUCGUCAUCGAGCCCACGUUGCGCGGACCCUCGCUUUCUUCUCUUUCCUCACUCCUCACUCCUCACUCCUCACUAGUAGUGGACGGACCACUCGGUCCUCUCAGACUUCCAUACAUGGAGUAUUCCCUGAUUGUCGUACUCAUGGCCCAUGGAUCCCCUCGCAGCUUUGCCGACCGGUGGAUUGGCCGCCCGAGCCACCCAUGGAACCUCCCGCCAGCAUCCACGGUGACUUCCACGACUCGGCGGUAGUGGAAUCCGAAUGGCCACCACCGCCAAAGCAUACAGACAAAGAGCCGACCAUUGCACUCCUCUUGAGGCAUCCCCAGAGCCAACAACAUGAUGGGAUCCUCCAGGUCUCCCUGUCAGUCCCGGCUGUCAGUGGAGAGUGCACUGACGUCUUCUGGCGUCACCGACGGGGGUGGGGACACGGGAUGGCGCUGCUCACGCUGGGAUACCCUCAUCGGCCCACCUUCAUUGGCCUUCUGCCCCCGCGACAUCUGACGCUAGGGCAGAUUACGAUGGCCUUGUUUCGCCUAAGCGACGAUCUCGGCCGUACCCCCAUCCCAAAUUCUCCGAUGCAGAGGCCAGCCUGCGACGUCAUCAUCCUUCACCCUCACACGCCUUGUCUGUGGUACGGAUGACAUACUGCCACCACGCCCAUGACCGUCUCUCGUCAUGUCGACUGACGUCGGUUGGCCUGCCUCCCUUGCGUGUGCGCGGGUACCGUCUAUAAAU